CGAACCACUUCAUAAAAGUUUCUGUUAAAAGCAAAGAGCUUCUACUGCAUUCAAAACACCAUGGAGGACAAAGUUUUAGCAUUGAAAAGCAGAAUCAUGAAGCAUCCCUUGAUGAAAAAGGAAAACUUGAAUCCUAAAACAUGGAUUAAUUCAGAUCAUGUUAAAGAUUUCACGGAUUUCGUCCUCCAGAAAGAGCCAGAGGCAGACAAAGAUUUCGAUCAUGUGGAGAUGUUGCUAGAGACCGAAAAAGAAUACAUCGAAGCAGCAAAAAGGAACGACGUGGAAACCAUGAAGCUUUUGGGACGAGGCGUAAAUGUUAAUGCUAAAAAUGUGCACAAUCGAACUGCCCUUCACUAUGCUGUAGCCUGCAAAAACAAAGAAGCUACUGAUCUACUGCUUAAAAGAAGAGCAAAACUAGACUUGCAGGACAAGCAUGGAGUCACUGCUAUUCACCUCGCUGCAUGGUUUGGCAGUUUGGAAAUCCUGAAGCUACUUGUGCAGGGUGGUGCUGAUCAGAGGUUUGAGAACCUGGAAGGAAUGAACAUGAUGCACUGUGCAGCUCUAAACAAUCACACUGACAUCGUCGCAUACAUCGUCGAUGACCUUCAAAUGAAAGAACUUGACAAAGAAGACCACCAUGGAAACAGGCCAUUCACUCUAGCAGCAGAUCAUGGUUGUGUGCAGAUGCUGCAGAUGAUGAUGGAGGCACCUUACAAUAUGGCCACUAUGGAGGCAAAUCAGCAGAAAGGAAACACACCUUUGCAUCUUGCUGCUAAGAAUGGCCAUCUUGGUGCCGUGCAGCUGCUGCUUGAUUACUUUGAGGUCCGCAAUGAAGUCAAUCAUGCUGGGGAAACACCACUGUAUUUAGCUGCUGAUGGAGCUCAUGAGGACUGUGUUUUGGCUCUGCUAGAAGCUGAUUGUGACCCAAAUAUUCCCACUACAAACAAGACAACCCCUAUCCAUUGUGUGUGUGAAAAGGGCUACAUGCCAGUAGUGAAGCUUCUACUUGAUCAUGGUGUUCAGAUGAAUAUUCAAAACCAACACUUACAGACACCAUUUCACUUAGCAGUGAAGAACUGUCACACUACAGUGAUUGAAUGUCUGCUGGAAUCUUGCUGUGACACCAAUAUUACAGAUCACCUGGGCCAGACAGCACUCCACAUAGCAGCAGAAUUGGGCAAGGUGGAUGUGAUUGAGAUUAUUCUGAAAGCUGGUGUAAAUAUGGAGAUUAAAGACAGGCAAGGUAAAACAGCCUUGGGAGUGGCAGCCAGAGCUGAUAUAGUGAUUGUUGUUGACAUGAUCAUAAAAGCUGAAAGAUACUUCAGUUGGAGAAAGCCCAAUGCAGAAACUAAUGAAGACCUUCAUGAUGAGUUUUCACUAACAUUUAAACCGGACCACCAUGCUGAGACGAAACAGGUUCGUAAUAUACUGUGGAAUCUGGCCUAUACCCUUCUCAGCAAGAACGAGUGGAAGAAGCUGGCAGAGCAUUGGGCCUUUACUGAGGAGCAGAUUACAGCCAUUGAGGAGCAGUGGACGGGUCCUAACAGUUACCAGGAGCAUGGAAACAGAAUGCUACUCAUUUGGCUCCAUGGAAUGUUAGUUGCUCAAGGAAACCCAGCCAAGGAACUCUACCAGGGACUAAUUGCAAUUGGCAAUAUCAAAAUAGCAGAAAAACUGAGGAUGGAAGGAGAGGACAGCAGUAAACGGAAAUGCAAAAUUUCAUGAAGGCUUGUCAGCCAAACGUAAAAAAUACUUUAUUUGAACAUUGAAAUCUUGAGAAGCAACAGCAUUUCUCAAGUUCACUUCGUCUACCAUGAAAUACGUUAAUAAACACACCUGUUUCUUUAACUGAAGAUUUACAUUCAUU